AUGACAAUCCGCAGGUUACAAACCACCAACCGCCCACCAUCUAACAUCGACCCCGACCCCGACCCCGACACAGACGCCAACACCCUACUCCACCACCCCCCCGCCGGCCUCCCCUCCAAGAACCCGACCGCGUCCUACUGGCUGCGCGACCUGUCGCCCGCCCUGCGCGGCCACCGCUCCUCGCCGCACCUGCCCCGCGAGGCCGACGUCGUGAUCGUCGGGAGCGGCGUGUCGGGCGCGUUCGCGGGGCUGUUUCUGCUUGAGGGUCUGGGCGGCGGCAGCGGGGGCGACGGAUGGGUGGUUAUGUUUGAGGCGAGGGAGGCGUGUUCAGGUGCUACAGGACGGAACGGCGGCCACUGCCAGCCGCUGGUGUAUGGCUCGGCGCCGGAGGUGGCCGCGUUUGAGCUGGAGGUGUUUGAGUUUCUGGAGAGGUUUGUGAAGGAGGAGGGCGUGGACUGCGACUGGGUGAGCUUGACCGGCGUCCACGCGUUCCUCUCCAAAGACAUGUUCGAGGUCGCUGCCGCCGAGGCCGAGCAGCUGCGGCAGAGCCACCCCGAGCUCGCCGCCCAGCUCGAGGUCGUCCGGCCGGUCUCGUCUGAGAACGGAACGACGCUCGCGUCCCUCCGCAUCCCCUCCGCACAAGGCGCCAUCGUCCAGCGGAAAGCCGCCUCCCUCUGGCCCUACAAGCUCGUCGCCGCCGUGCUCGAGCGCCUCAUCUCCAAAUUCCCCGCCCCGCGCUUCAACCUCCAGACCAACACGCCCGUGACCUCCCUCGCCCGCGAUGACAGCGGCGUCGGCUGGGUGGUGUCGACCCCGCGCGGCGCCAUCGCUGCCCGCCAGGUGCUGCUCGCCACCAACGGGUACACGUCGCACCUGCUUCCGGCGUUCGCGGACCUGAUCGUGCCCGUGCGCGGGCAGGUCGGCGCGCUGCUGCCCCCCAGGUCUGACCAGUCGGCCGCGCCAGCGAAGCUAACGCACUCCUACGUCUUCGCCGCCGACCCGGAGCCGGGCUCGACCAGUCCCUCGUCGCCGAGGGACGACUACCUCGUCCAGCGGCCCCUGCCCACCGGGGAGCUCAUCUACGGCGGCGGCCGCCGGUUCGCUCGCGACCUGGGGGUGGGCGAGUGGCGCGACGACGAGGUAGAGGAGGACCUCGCGGCGUAUCUGCGCAGCAGCCUGUCGCCGCCGCUGGACCUGACGCAAGAUGAGUUGCAGACCAAAGAGGGACCCCAGCCGCCUGGCGGACGAGGGGCGCUGAAGGCGUCUUUCGAGUGGACCGGCGUCAUGGACUACAGUCGGGACCACCACCCGUGGGUCGGGCCCGUGCCGGAAACCCUGGGCGGCGGCGGGCCCCAGGGAGGCUUGUUUGUGUGCGCUGGGUAUACGGGCCACGGCAUGCCGGCUGCGGCGUUGUCGGCGCGGGAGGUCGUGAGGCAGAUGGUCGGUGGAGAUGUCAAGGCGAGAGCGGGAAGGUUUCCGGCAGCGUUCGCGCUCACCGAGGAGCGUGUGGCGAGGGCGAGGGAGUUACCUCCCUUGACUCAGGGCUGGGAGGCGACCAACUUUGCGGCGCUAAUGGCUGGCAAGGGUGCCUCAGGGGCUGGCAAAGCGGCGUGA